UUAGCACCUAAUUGUGACAACUACCGGAGCGUGCAGUGCCCAAAAUUCAACAAAGGAUAUUCCCAAGAAACUUAAACAAACAAAAAAGAAAGUAUGCAGUCCAUCAACGGUUGUGUCCUGGCAGUGUGCGCCUUUGUGCUCGUAUCCUCGAUCGGUGCCGCUCCCUUGGAUGACUCCAAGCAGGCCACAAUUUUGCGUUACGACAACGAAAACAUUGGCACCGAUGGCUACAACUUUGGCUACGAGACCAGCGAUGGUGUCACCCGCCAGGAGCAGGCUGAACUGAAGAAUGCCGGCACCGAUCAUGAGGCGCUCAGUGUGCGUGGAUCCGUCAGCUGGGUGGCGCCCGAUGGCCAGACCUACACCCUCCACUACAUUGCCGAUGAGAAUGGCUUCCAGCCCCAGGGCGAUCAUCUGCCCCACAACUAAGUCGAGCUGUGCGUCGUGUGUGGCUAAGCUUCAAACAGUAUUUGUUCGUUUUUGUAAAAUAUAUCCAUAAAAUAUUCUAAUAAUA